UGCGCCUGCGCGUCCUGUCCGGCGCGCGCCCGAGCUCGGCGCCCCUCCCCGCUCCCCCUCAGCCCUGCCGCCCGUCAGUCAGUCACUCAGUCGGUGGCUCAGUCGCUCGCCGUCCGCCCUCGGAGCCGGAGCCGCAGCCGCAGCCGCUGCUCGCCUCGCCGUCGUCCCAGUCUUCGUCUUCUCGCCUCGCCUCUGCCCUUCCCGCCUCCCGUUGGUGAGGCCAUGGCGGAGCCGUCGGCGGCCACCCAGUCCCCGUCAGUCUCGUCGUCGUCGUCCGGUGCCGAUGCCGCCGGAGCCGCGGCGAGCGGCGGGGGAAGCCCCGGGGCCUGCCCGGGCCUGGGAGGCAAGAGCUGCGCCUCGUCCUGUGCGGAUUCCUUUGUUUCUUCCUCUCAGCCUGUAUCUCUAUUUUCGACCUCACAAGAGGGAUUGAGUUCUCUAUGCUCUGAUAAGGGAACAUCAGAAAUCAUGACUUCUUAUCUUUCAUCUUCUGCAAUUCCUAACACUGACAUCCUACAUGAAGAAAAGAGCCAAGUAUUAAACAUCCAGCCUGUUUUGUCAAAAGAAGGAAAAGAUGAUUUUGCUGAGACUGCUAAUAAAAAGAUGGAGAGGCUUCAUGAGCCCAGUGGAGAUUCUUCAAUUGAAGCUCCACCUGUUGGGUUCCUUGACACAAGAGCAGAAGUACACUGUGGUCAUCCAUCCAUUCCAACCAGUUUUCUGGAACAUCCUGCCUUUCUUACAAAGGAAACUGGAAAGCCUCAUGUAAGUAAAGACCCAGGGUUAGAGAACCAAAGUGAGGUACCUGCUAGGGAUGGUGAAGCUGUUUCAGAUGCUGAUGUCAAGUUCACUUUGCUGAAAGGGCAGAAACUACAUAUUGAACAGUCUGAGGCAGAAGGCAUCGGUAACCAUUCUUUGUCCCCAUCUGAAGUUUCUGGUGUUGAAAAAGAUUCUCCAGAAUCCCCAUUUGAAGUCAUUAUUGACAAAGCAACAUUUGACCAGGAAUUUAAAGACUCCUAUAGGGAGAGCACCAGUGAACUUGGUAGCUGGGCAAUGCACACUGUCCCAGAGAUAACUACGGAUAAUUCUCCGAAUAGUAGCAGAAUAUUCCCACUGAGAAACCAAGAGGAAAGGAAUUCCCCAGCCUCUGCCUUGCUCACCAGACAGUUUUCACGAACUACUGCUGCCUUAGAAGAGGUAUCUAGGUGUGUAAGCGACAUGCAUAACUUCACCAAUGAAGUAUUGACUUGGGAUUUAAUUUCCCAAGUGAAACAUCCAGAAAAGUCUUCUGAAAACAUUGCUCAAGUUUCAAGGUUAGAUGGAAAUGAAUGUGCUUCAGAAAUUCCAGCCUCACGUCCUAAAAUGUGUGCUCAUCAGAACAUUCAGAAAAUCCCCAUACGUUCCAUUCAUGAGAACAGUCCUAGCACUGAAUCAGGAGCAUCCCUCUAUGAAAAAGUUUCACCUGACGGUGUUGACUCUGCAAAGAAAGUCAGUAUUGAAGGUAUGGGAGAAAGUGUGCUGAAAGGAGUGGGGGGCACACUUAUUCGAUUACCAGAGUCUCAUGGUGGCAAAUGUGCAUCAUCAGGCCUCGAGGGGAUUACUGAAAAGGGAGUUUUACGUGAUGGCCCCCUGAAGGAUGAACUAAAUGGGCAGAAUUCUGUGCUGGUAGAAAUGAUGGAAGCUGAUAGUUCUGGCGAAUCAGAUGAUACUGUCAUUGAAGAUAUUACGACAGAUAUGUCAUUUGACAGUGAUAAAAGAGAAUAUGAGAAGCUUUUAUGCCAAGCUACUGGUGGUGCCACAAUUCAGGCAUGGAAACCUAUUUCUGUUCAGGAUACUUUAAUAGAAACAGAUAAAAGGGAAAUCAAAGAUAAAUACAGUCAGGGUGUCAGCAGUAAGACACAUGAGGAUUUCAGAGGCUCUAUAGAUGACUUUGAAACCUUACAAGUUCAGCCAGAUGUGCAUGGAAAAAGUCCAGUUACUGAGACUUCACAUCCAGAGACAAUCACCAUUGAUUCCACAACAAAAUACAUGAAGCUGUCCAGUAAUUUGGAUGAAAUUCUUCCCCUAAAACCUGUUACAAGUGAGCAUCUCAAGCUUUCUCCAGGAGAAACUUCAGGAGCCUCCAUGAGGAAGAAUAAAAAUGACGACUCCCCAGAAGACCUUACAGCUACACUUUCAGAAACCCAAACAAAGGAAGUAAAUGCCUUUGAAGCAGCACCAGAAAAGGACACAAACUUGAAAACAACCUUUCCUUUGGGAGUCUUGCAUAGAGUUGGCAACAUUGUGUCAAAUAAGGGCACCUGUGGCAAUCCCCUCCAGAAUGAUUUUGUCAGUCAGAGCACUCCAGUAACAUCUCUAGACUUGGAACAGGAGCAGCUUACAAUUAAGGCCCUUAAAGAAUUAGGUGGGAGACCUGAUGAGAAGAUAAAGCCUUCACAAGAGGGUGUGAAAGCUUUCAUGGAAGAAAAUUUCAUACAAACCUCAGCAGAUCUGCUUACCUCAACAUUUGCUUCAGAAUCUUGGCCAGAGAGAUCACAUAUCCUGAGGGAGCAAGCUGUCAAGACCACCUCUAGCCUUGACUUUGGAAUUCCCCAAGAAACUACUGAAGUAGAAAUGAUGUCCAGCCUUAGCAAGACUGAACAGGUUAAUGAGCAUACACUAACAAGACUUCUCACUAACUUCUCAGUGCACGACCUCAUCUUCUGGCGGGAUGUCAAGAAGACUGGCCUUGUCUUUGGCACAACACUGAUCAUGCUACUCUCCCUAGCGGCUUUCAGUGUCAUCAGUGUGGCUUCUUACCUCAUCUUGGCCCUUCUCUCUGUCACCAUCACCUUCAGGGUCUACAAGUCUGUCAUCCAAGCUGUACAGAAGUCCGAAGAGGGACACCCAUUCAAGGCCUACCUGGAUGUGGACAUUGCUUUGUCCUCAGAAGCUUUCCAUAACUAUGUGAAUGCCGCUAUGGUGCACGUCAACAAGGCUCUCAAGCUCAUCAUCCGUCUCUUUCUGGUGGAAGAUCUGGUGGAUUCCUUAAAGCUGGCUGUCUUCAUGUGGCUGAUGACGUACGUGGGUGCAGUUUUCAAUGGGAUUACCCUGCUGAUUCUUGCUGAACUGCUGGUCUUCAGUGUUCCAAUUGUCUAUGAAAAGUAUAAGACACAGAUUGACCAUUAUGUUGGCAUUGCUCGUGAACAGACCAAGGCAGUUGUUGCAAAGAUCCAAGCAAAACUGCCUGGUGUCGCUAAGAAAAAGGCUGAAUAAUAGCUCAGAAUAGCUCGGAAACUGGAAAUGCAACAGUUACUAAAAACCACCAUUUAAUAGUGAUAACCAUUGUUACUCGUACCUGUGAAAGGGGUGUGCUCGUUGUCAGCUUGAGCCUGCAUUCCAAGUUUGUUUUUUUAAUUCGGUGUUUUCCCCUCCCUCAUCCUUGCCCUCAGUAUCAAGCACCAGAACAUUCUAGACUAAAAGCACUGAUGUCUUAGAAGCCCCGAGAGUAAAAGAAAGACUCACAUUAAUAGGGGAAAUCCACACUUAGUGCGGAGGGUGGUUUGCCUCUGGCUGGAGCUGCAGGAAGGUGUAAAGAGGAAGAAGCAAGAUGCAGACCACCUCAUUCCCACCUGCCGGUCUUUAGCAAUCUCUCAUCAGCCACUCAUCUUUGUGUUUAAGUUAGAGAAGAGCAGCUUUUAUUUUUGGCAAAUUAUUUUGGGACAGGAGUCCAGGUAGGAAAGGACUUUAGUAAUUUUCACAUCUUCUUGCUCUUUUCUACCUUUUUGACCUCAUUUUUUGCUCCACUGUGGGAAAGGCUGACAUAUGUGGUCCCUGCUCUCCUUUGGCCACCUUCUCUCCAGUGGGACUUAAGUUCCAUUUAAUAACUUAGAAAUAGGCAUGAUUUUCUCCCUAUCUAAUAAAUUAGCAAGAUAUUGGUACUGGAGAAUGGGCAUUAGAAGGAAACCCAGAGAAGGGAUCCUCAUCAGCCUGCCGUUCUCUUCUCCUUAAUCAGUUAAGAAACUCCAUUUUAUUCCUCUUCUGACACCAGUUCUGAGCUUUAGUCUGAAAAUCCAUUCCUAUGGUGUGCUUUCCUCCCUCUCCCCAACCUGACUUCCAGUUUAAUAAGGUUGUACUUUUCAUAUUAUGAAAUAAAAAGUCUGUAACUGCUGUACACUGCUGUAAACUUGUUAGAGAAAAUAAUCUGCAUGUGGCCUCCUCAGUUGUUGUAAUUCUAUCUUGGUCCGGGGUGGGGGGAACAUGCUAAGAGGAACUUGUGAAACAUGACCCACCUCUUCCAUCUCCUUUCUUUGCCCUGUUUGUCAUAUCUUCUCCACUGGGCUGUCCUCACAUACCUUUCUCAUCUUUGCCCCAAGGAGCAGUUUCCCUGAGCCGUACUAAAAAACGACCUCUGACCCCUAAAACAGGGGGUUUAGGUCGGUAGCAUGGGUUUGGGAGGUGGAAAUAAAUGCCCCCCCCCCCUCCUUUUUUAAUCAGAAGAACAAAAUGCGGAUUAGAUCAUAGACGUCCCGUUUUGUGGUUUACAUGGAAUCUAACCUUGUUUUGAGGGUAGCUUUGCAUUUUGGAGGUUAUAUAUUUUUAUUUGAAAGGUUUUCUUCAUUUUUAUGGGGGAGAAGCGGAAAAUGUGUCUUUUCAACAUUUGCCUUGGCCUAAAAUUGUCCCUCAUGACACGGUGACUAAGCAGUUCCUAGCUGGGGCCUCUAGGGCCUGGGGUUCCUGAGGCAGGGCUGGUGAGGACCAUAACUAGCCAGAGGACAAAUGGCAAAAAGCAGUUAGCCCUAAUUAGUGGGCCUAAGUCAGCUGCUGAUAUUAAUGAGCACCUUGGUCUCUGCUAGAAGUGUCUCUCUCUUCCCUCCUGACCUUUUCUUCUUUGGAUAGUAGGUUUGGGAAGCACUUGACUUCCAAUAAGACAUUGGUUGCUGAGUUUACGUGUGAGCUGCCAAAGGUGUUAACUAGUGAGCGUGGGAAAUCUGGAGGGAGUUUUUUCUAGGCCCACAACUGCAGCUCAAUAAAAAGUAGCCUCGGAAGAGUUCUCCCUUUCUUGAGAAACUCCUUUUUAGGGAUUGUAGAUGAGUAGUAGGAAGACUUUGGUGCUGGGCACUUAGAGACAUCCUUGUCCCUCCCUGUUUAUCCUAUUCCUCUGCUCUCGUUCCUCUUCAGUCUGUUGUAUCAAAUGUGUCCGAUCCUCCAGGGCACUGAUGGCCAUUGGGCUUCCCCCUCCAAAGGACCUCGUUCUGCCCCGGGAGCCUCCAUGCCUUGCGCUUCUGUCUGUUCUGUUACUACUGCUGUGUUUUGAUCAUUGGACAGAUCUUCGUGCCAGGCGGGUUUUGUUGUUGUUGUUUUUUUAAAGGAAAAAAACGUAGACAAAAGGUUACUAAUGAAGCUCUGUGUGUGCGUGUAUGUGCGUGCAACAUAAACGACAGUAGCAGCCCUUCUAAGGAGCCUGCAGAAUCGUGGUUCCUGUCAAACUGCAAAUCGAUGUGGUAUUAAUAAAAGAACAGAAUGUCUGA